AUGUUGAUCCCGACGUGGCUGCAAGUGUCCACCGCCAUUCUCAGCCCGGCCGUCUCCCAGAACGCACAGACAAUCAGUAUCGUCCCACGGCUGCCCGACCCAAAUGCGGCACCCAACCCCAUGCCCGCACCCUACACCACCUGGGAACCCAACGGACAGCCCAGCGUCGUCGGCAGUGUCCCAACGCUCGUGCCAGCACCUCCGCCCGCCGCACCCCCCGCCGCGCCGCCAACGACGGCCUGGGUCCUGCCGAGUCCGACGCCGGAGCCCGUGCCCGUCCCGUUCUCGCAGACGCCGACCUGGACGCCGGGUGUGCCGUCCGCGCCCAGUCUGGCCCCGCAGCCACAGCCUCAGCCACAGCCACCACCUCCCCAUGGCGGCCCGCCCCCCGUCGUCGUCGGCGGCUCGGCCACUGUCGUCCUCAGCCCCGACAAGACAGUCAUUGUCGAGAACCCGGCCGUGACGCUGCCACCCUACGGUGCCGGCGGCCCACCGCCCGAUGCCGCGGCGGCCUGGAUGAGCGUGCCGCCUGGGUGGUACGCGACGACGUACUACAUGUGCCAGGGACGGGGGUGCGCGUGGCACAUUAAGAUCCAGCCGGUGGCAAGCGGGGGCAGCAGGCAGAGAGGCCGCCUUUGGUCAGGACUGGGACAGGGCAUGCUUAUCGCAGUUGUUGUGCUGGUCGUGCGUUGA